AACUUACCGGGCACCAAAAAAAAAGCAAUAACAGUUCUUUGUCAUUUCCGAAGCUCAAUGUCUAACCCGAAGCCACGAGAACCGCACCCAGCCAGAGAAGAUGGCUGCUUCGCUGUGACACCCGAAAGAAAGUACUACAUUCGCGGCAACGCCUUCAUCAAGAGGUCCCUCCGACCAAAAGAAUUCAUCACCAACUGGAAAGGCAAAACCCACGUUCCUCGACUGCGAAAAGAGCUCCUCAUGAACGAGGCUGCCGCGCUCCGCUUCAUCCGGCAGCACACCGACAUCCCUGUCCCCGACAUAUACUGCGGCUUUGAAGACGACGACGCCUCCUACCUGAUAUCUCAAAACAUUGACGGGGUCAACAUGUCAGACUUGAAAGACGAGACGCAGAAAGCCGCCGCUCAUGUGGAGCUGGAGAAACACCUGGCUAAGUUGAAAGGAAUCAAGUCCAAGCGCCUCGGUGGACCAUCCGGGAUUGUGAUCCCUCCGUAUCACGGUGAAGAUUACGUCUUUUGUCAUGGUGACUGCUCACAGCACAAUGUAAUCGUUGACCCUGAGACGUUGCGCAUAAAAGCGAUAGUCGACUGGGAGUAUGCCGGUUUCUUCCAAGCGUGGCGUUUAAGUUUCCAUUUUACAUGCGCAAGGCACCAUCGAUUGCGUUGGGCGAGGAGGAGGACGAUUCGCUGGAGUUGCUGGAAUUUCUGA